CAGAUGUGUCACGCCAUUGUUACUAUCCUCAUUCUGUUUCUGUCACUUAACGUAAACGCAAUGAUGAAAAUUGUUCUUCUUAUUACGGUGAUUUUUGCCAUCUUGACCUUGAAUGAUGCAAAAACAAAAGUGAAGACAAAAGGCUGCAUACAGAAGUGUGAGAGAAAAUGGGUUGGUUACUACCAGUCGUGUGACUCGUGUGAAGAGUACAUCACGUGUGUAUGGGGACUGAAGUAUGACCGGAAGUGUCCUGAUAAACUCAUGUGGAAUGACGAUACUAAAGGAUGUGACAGAAAAACGCCCACCUGUGAAACUAUUUAAAAUGAUGACCAAAUAAAGUUGCAAUGCAUUUCAAA